CACGGUAUUUUGCUGCGAUCAGGCAAUAUUCUUUAAGCAAGCCAAAAAUUGCAUGCAAAUAUUUCUACAUUCCCAGAACUUAUUUUUUACGGGUUUACUGUGUAAUAUAUGUCAGUUUAGUUUUCAGUUUUGCAGCUCAAUGUAGGUUCUAGUGCAUUAAAUUAAUAAAUUUCAGUAAAUGUGAUGACAUCCCUUCGAAGAGGUACUUGGGGCAUGCCACGCCUGCCACCUCAACAAUGCUUCGCCAUUGGGCUGACGUGUUUUGCAAAAUAUAUUUUUGAUGUAAAGGUGGUGAUAUACAGGUCACGUUUUAGCUGCCAGGUCUAGGUUUCAAAUGAAACUGGUUUCAGCCUGAGACACCUGACUCCUGGCACGGGUAAACUUGACAAAAACAUAUCUGGAAAACCUUCGACGAUAAGCUUGUAAUGUUUCGAGGAGCAGGUUCCCAGGAACCAGUUACAUUUCAGAUACCUCGUUCAAGUUGGCGCAUCGGACAUCGACGGGCGAUAGGCCCCAAGCAGUCCUGCGCGAAGCGCAGCCCCAUGACCAUUGCCCAGGUUGCCCAUGGAGCUGUUUCUGAGCGCCUCCCUCCUGCUGGGCCUGGGCGCCGCCUCGGCGAACACGGGCGCCACCAGCAUCGACGUCAUCUUGCAGAGGUUUCUGGGCCAGCCUUUUGCUCCGGUCUCUGCCAACAUCUCGGCACCUUGUAGGGCCCACAGCGAGUUCUACUUGCAGGAGUUGAAGAGCUACAAGCAGUGGGCUUUGAAGAUGUACGAUGCAUCUGCGAAGCUGCAGUCGGGUUUGAUGACUGGGAACAUGUUCAACUACGGAAAUUUCGACCAGUGCAUGCUGGUCAAACCGGACACUGAGGCGGGCUUCGCUGGUCAGCACUGCACAGUGGACAUCAGGCUUUCCCUGGGAGAGAACUGUACGUGGUGCGGGCUUGUGAAGGACCAGAAAAAAUUUCUGCAGAAAAUUCUGGGAGAGGACGCCUACCAGGUGCUGUUCAACUACGCGAUGGCGUGGGGGUUCUGCGUGCCGUCCUCGUGCUCGGCGGAGGACGCCCGGCGCACGGCGGCGGAGCGGCUGGCGCCCCUGGCGGCGCUGGGCCUCGUGCACGUGCAGGUGGUCGCCAAGCCGCGCAUGUGCCGCAGCGCGCUGGCCGCGGCCCCCGGCUUCUCCGGGCCGGACUACGGCUUCCUAGCUUUAAUGAUUGUACUCGUCACACUUCUGAUCUGCGGUUCCUUCUUCGAUAUUUUAACUCGGAAGUUAAAAUACGAUACCAGCCAAGAUAACACUGCAACGUCAGUUCUGAAAUCGUUUUCCAUUUUUAUGAACGGGCACGAAAUGAUAACGGCUAAAACAAACAAAAACCACGUCGGAUGUCUGAAUGGUAUUCGAUUCAUCAGCGCAGUGUGGGUGAUUCUGGGACACAAGCUGGUUGGACUCAUGCUGACGAACACAGAGAACUGGACAGUUUUCUUGGAAAAUCGGUUCUCGUACAUGAGGAUGUUCCUGCACAACGCAUUCGUGGCGACGGACACGUUCCUGCUCGUGAGUGGCUUCGUGCUGAGCUACACCGUGUUGCGGUACCUCGACAAGACGUCCACACUCAACAUCCCGAUCUUCUACCUGGAAAGGUACCUCAGACUUACGCCAGUUUACGCAGUCAUAAUAUUUUUCCACGCGACGGUGAUGGUCCACAUGGGCUCUGGACCGAGGUGGUUCCACGCCAUGCAGACUGAGCGGGAAAACUGCUUGAAGUACUGGUGGAGCAAUUUGUUGUACGUCAACAACUACGUGGGACAGUCAAAAAACAUGUGCCUGGAGACGGGCUGGUACCUCGCCGUCGACAUGCAGCUGUACGUGGCGUCGCCGCUGCUGCUGUACCCGCUGUGGCGUCGCCCGCGCGCUGGCCUCGCCCUGCUGGCGGCCCUGCUGGCGGCGUCCGUCACCGUACCCGCCGCCAUCACCGCCACCUACCGCCAGCCCGGCCUGCCCUCCUUCAACCUCUUCAAGGGCACGGACUUCGUCUUGAAGACUGGGAGGUACUACGACCAUUUCAACUUGCUGUACACUCCAGCGUACGCGAGAAUGGGCCCGUACGUGCUGGGGCUGGGUCUGGGAUACCUGAUGCACCUCUUCAGGAACAAGGAGAUUAUUCUGUCAAAGCUCACGGUGCUGGCGGGCUGGACGGCUUCAGCCGCACUGAUGCUGACCAUCAUCUUCGGCUGCAGAGGGAUGUACCUGGACAUCACGGAGUACGACGUCGUGGAGGCUUCCGUCUUCGGCGGCUGCCACCGCACGGUGUGGGCCCUGGCCGUCGCCUGGGUCAUCUUCGCCUGCGAGAAGGGCUACGGGGGACCUGUAAACAGUCUGCUGUCUUCAGAUGGAAUGGCCAUUAUGAAUCAGUUCACCUUCAAUAUUUACCUGUGUCACUGGACCUAUCUGCUCUUUGUCUUAGCUACGGAACAAGUACCGUAUUACUACAGUAACUUCAACAACGUAAGAGUAUACGUUGGCGAUUCUCUUAUGGUUAUAUUGAUUGCAAUCGUCAUUACUUUAACAAUAGAAAUGCCGAUAAGGAACGUUUGCAAAAUUUUGAUAAACAAAGGACUAAGACACAAGAAGCAACAAGGGAACACAGACGUCGCGAACAAAGUACCUCCACCAAUCACGAAGGGUGUUGGCGCUAAUCAUACCAAUUAUGGCGAGGAAGUGGAAAUGUCUACUGAAGCCAAUGGAAACUCGGCUCACGUAGAAGAACCUAAGCAAAACAAGAAUCCGUCCUUACAACCUGCUCGAUUUAAUGUUCAUCACAGUACAGCUACUUUGCACGAAAUCCUACAGAAACGAAUUUUAGAUAACAUGGAAGUCAGAUAAACACCAAAACAUUGUUAAGCUUAAUUUACAUUAGCUCUGAAUGAGAGAAUUAGUUGUUUCUGUGUUGCAAAAUCAGAUGGUUUUAUAAUAAUAUUAUUUUGGAAAAUGUAAUUGGUUGCUGAUUAUGUAACUUCUGGUGCAGAUAGUUAAUAUUUCCACUGUUAAAUUGAGGGCAGUAUUCUGGUUUUCACAUUCUCCUCUUUGAAUUAUUCCCAGUGUUAAAUUAGGUUUGCUAAUUAUCACUGUGUUAUCAGCAUGCGCAUAACUGCGAAACGCCACUCUUGUUUGCACCAUUCUCCAGUGAAACUCAUGAUAGUCUGGGUUCUUAGGGUAUUAUUUUAUUUAUGUAAAUAUAAUAAUCACGUUUGAAAGUUAAAAAAUAAUCACCUUAUUCACGUCCGACUGAGUUUCGUUAAUUUGUUUCAACUGAUUUUACAAUUUUGAAGCCAAGACUUUAUUGCUGAGUUAAAAUUCAUCACAGACCACUGUUUUUUGAAAGUAACAACUGAAAACUUUAGAAAACUUAGAAUUAAAAAAAAUUAGUUUUGCUAGUGUUGAAAUAAUUAUUUUAAGAUUAUUUGCUUUUAUAAAGUUUUAUUUGUUCAAUAUACUCAAAAUAAAGUCAAAAACUACCACACAAAAAAUAAACAGCCAUUAUAAUGAAAAACAAUAAGUACACCAUCCUGUGAUUUGAAUGGGAACUUCCUGUUGCUAUCAACUGACGGAAGAGAGACACAAGUGUUUUGUCUUUGAAAUUCAACUUCUCAAACGUAUCCAAAGAAGAGUAAUUUCAUCGUAAUUUUUAAGUAAAUAGUGAUGAAUAGAACCACUAAUUUUUAAGCGAUUUUUCUGCAGAAUCGGGUUAACGUGAGAGCUUAGAGAAUUGAAAGCUAGUGAAAUACAUGUGAAAUGGGAACUUUGUUAUUAUUUUUUUAGUUGACUGUCGAUUCUCUCGCUUAUUCAUUCUUUCUUAAUUUUUAAAUCAACUCCUUUAUAUUUUUCAUAUAUAAAGAUGGACGCUUUGUAAAUAUGAUAUUUGUAUUUCUAAAAUAUUAUUUUAAUUGCUCCAUUCCUGUUCCUAAUAUUAGUAAAAAAUUAACCUUAUUAAUAAAAUUAUUUAAAAAAUUUCCUAAGGUUCGAAAAAUUAUCAACGAUCAGGUACUCAAAAGGUAUUCUAGAAGAUAAAAAUAGCAGCCCAGAAACAUAGUACACAAACAAAUAUCUAAAUAAUUACUAUGUUUCUAUCUAUUGUAUCACAAAGUACAAAUUUGCAUACAAUUAUUUAAAAAAAUAUUUUGUACAAGAUACUUCUUUCUAGGAAUGUAAUGAAAAACAAGGAACAGUUAAAGUUAAGUAUGGUUGAAAUCACACAAUGCAGAAUUCCAGUCAACUCUCGUGCGAGAAUCUUACGCAGUUGUCACGUGAAAUCAAAUAUUAUCGUUAGUAAGUCACUCCUUAAACAAAUUGCAUUCGAUAACCUCUACAGUGUAGUCCACCACUUAAAAAUCUACACACCAGUUUAGUAAUAUGAUGAGAGAACAAGUGAGUUGAUUAGCUCUACUAUGAUUCAAGAAUCAGAAAACAUUUUUAGGAAAAGGAGUUCCACGUUUCAAGACAUAGGAAACCAAAUACUCAUCCAGCAAGACGGCUGUAUUAUUAAAUGAAUUGUUGCUAAGUCUCUCAUUUAAUUGUUGGUUUCUCAUAAAACCGAAUCCACACCAACUAAAGUAAAGAUAAAUAAGUGGGGCUCAUCUUAUGUUCCAGUACAAUGAAAUUAGCUUUAUCCUUUAGCUUUAACAUUUUUAUCACAAAUGCAAUAUAUUUCUCAUAAACA